GAGUUAAAGGAGAGGACAAGCAAAUGAGAGAGAUGAAAGCUAGAAGAGACACCUUAACGUUCUUAAUUUUCUUUUUGAGGAAAAACGUUGUUUAAUUUGUUUUAAGGGGUUUUAUUAGUAACCCAUAAACCAGCAACUUCUCCAAUCUCCCCAUUUUCUUAAGCAACCCUCAACUCCUCAAUACAAAAAUGGAUUAUAAUCGGGUCGAUUUCUUUGAGAUUUACCAACGUUAUUGCGACAUUAGAGCAGGAAAAGCAUGCAAGACAGAUAGAAAUGAACAAGAAGAUGAUGUCGAACAGGGUAAAUCAUCAAGGGAUGCAUUGGCCCAACUUCUAAAAUUUGUGGAGUUGAGGGUGCAUACGAGGAUUUCAGUUGUAGAUGAACUUGCAAAACUCAUGUUAAAGCUAGAAUUUACGGUGGACUUUUCUGAAUUCUCACGCUUCUACGAUUUUGUUUUUUUCAUGUGCCGUGAAAACAGUCAGAAGAAUAUCACUGUUAGCAGGGCAGUUACAGCAUGGAAAUUAGUUUUAGCUGGGAGAUUUCGAUUACUGAACCAAUGGUGUGACUAUGUUCAGGAAAACCAGAGACAUAAUAUAUCGGAGGAUACAUGGCAGCAAGUUUUAGCUUUUAGCCGGUGUGUACAUGAAAAUCUCGAAGGUUAUGAUCCUGAAGGAGCUUGGCCUGUCCUUAUAGAUGACUUUGUUGAGCACAUGUACAGGGUAUCAGGAUCUAAUAAAGCUUCCAAUUUUUUCUGUAACUGUGGUGAUUCAGAACCUCAGUCCUGUGAAUUUGAGGAACCUCUGCCUGGAUUGAAAGUUACUCCUGGUUUAAAGCGGAAGUUCCCUAGUUGUCAAAACGAAGAUAUAGAGUUCUUAGAUUCUCACUCUGACCGGAAUCUCAUGUCUAAUUCAAAGAGAAACAGAUUAGUAAUUCAAAGACCAUUUAACCAGGAGGAGAAUCCACCCGGCAAUUCAUCUUCUGAAUGCAUGGAAAUCAUGAAACAAAAUAGUCCAGCGGGGUGCACCAAAUCUCCGUGUGCGGUUGAAGGUUGCUUGUCGAAGGGAUUUGCUGGGCUGUUAUCGACGCGUACAUAUUUGCAACUUGAUGGGGAAAGGAGAGUUUCAUAUACAUAAAGACUGCUGCAGAGAAAACUGUGUUGCAAGCUUUUAGCUUGAUGAGGUUUGAUAUAGUUGUAUGUUAAUAUGUGUAUGUGGCUAACAAGUCUGUGGGCUGUAUUUUAUUCUUCAUUUAUGGGAGAGAGUUAUGGUUAGUUUUAUCAAUUGAGUCUCACAUCCGCACCUUGUCGAGUUUAAAUCAAUAAAAUGGUAAUCAUUAGAUUUA